AUGGCCAGUGUUGUUGUAUGGUUUGGAGGCAAAAAGUUUGUAAACAAGAACACCCUCUUGAUUGGGCUGACGAUGAAAAGUCUUGUGAAAAACCUAGGGGAUCAGUUCAACAUACCCGAAGGUGAAAUGGCUGACUUCAACUUGGAAGAGUUCGUUGAAGCAGCGAUGAAAGUGGAAGCGGGCGAGAUCAAAACAUUAAGGAAACCCGUACCACCCGUGUCUUUCCGUGAUGACGGUGUCUUGAGCUAUAGCAAGUUGCGAAAGUCCAGCGAGAGCGAUAUUCGCUAUGUGGAUGAACGCCUUAGCAAAAUUCGUGAUCUGCCAGCCCUCAGUGAUGAUUCCGCCCGCACAUUGGAAACGUUGCCAAUGAGGAGUGGACACGACAGUCACAUACCUCGUUUGGAUCUCGACUAUCCUUUUUACAUCGACUCAUCAAUUCCUUCGUCGUUUGAUGAUCAGUUUUUGAAGACGGUGUCAAAGCGCAAAGACUAG